GGGUAUUUGGACAGAUUUGCCAACACUGUUUGGGAUAGUAAAUUACUCUAUGUUGUCAAAACAAUAUCCUUGGAAUGUUAAUAAUCAUGUUGAAGGAGUGGAAGGAAGAUCAAAUGAUUAUACUGAGCUUUAUGACAAUAUAAUGAAAGGUGAUCUAGAUUUUUCUACAUUUAAAACAAUUAGAAGUGAUAUUAAUGAAAUUGAAACUGUUGUGGAUUUUAUUCUUAAAUUGUGUCAGGUAGAUAGAGAUAAAAGGAUGUCAUCUGAUAAAGUGUUGCAGCAUACAAUGUUUAGUUAA